UUGAGGGUUUCUAGGGAAAAUAUAGUGCAGAUAAUACGUAUAAUUGUGUAUAUCUACAGUAAAAGUUUAUUGUAUGUGUAAGGUGUAAUGCGUAUGUACUAAAAUUAAAAGAGAGAUUAAAGCAUCCCGCGAUAGACAGAGAAAGAUAAUGAAUUGAGGAAAGGGAAAGAGUAAUGUCAGACGCCAUCUUGCGAUAGGCGGUUGCCGUGGGAGAGGCAGCACCGUGGAGCCGCAAGUCUACGGUGUUGUUGAAAAAAUAUUUACCCAAAAUAAUAAAUGAUAUAAUAUAUUUCUAUAUGUAAUCAUAGUUCUUGAUAAUUAAGUAAUAUUAAAAUAAACUUGCGUGUUGUGUUAUUUGUUAUAAAUGUGACAACUGCGGUGGAUUACAGUGAAAUAAUAAUUGUAAUAAUAAUAAAGAAAAGAAAAGAAAAUAUACAGUAGAUGUGUGUAAUAAUAACGUAAAUAAAUAUAAUAUAGUAAAAAGUUUUUUAAAGCACUGGAGGGUAAGGGCCAUUAAUCAGCCGAUCUGAUGGGUAGUAAAGACCACCGGGAUAUUAGGCUCGUGGAAGGGCAGUACCGGGCUGUAGAUUUUAACGCGUUUAUUUAGUGUCGAUUUACUGAAGGAGUAGAGGGAAUUUAGAAGUGAGACGGAGACGGAAAGAGGCCCGGUACUAGCUACUAUGCUCAGGAGAAGGGUUAAAGAAUACGAAAUACGAAUAGAUUAACCAAAAUUUGUCGAAAAAAAUCAAAGUUUAACGAAGUAAACGUUGUCAUUGAUUGAAUAGGAAUGAAUAAAUCACCAGAUGUGAAAGUCAAAUAAAAUUUCUGGUUUUAAAUGAUUUAAUAGUGAUUGGCUCUCUCGUGCACGCGGGUGAUUGAUGUGUCAUCGUGGUGGUACAUAUAUAUCCAAAUGAAGGAGUUGGCUGCGAGUGAGAGAAUCGCGAUAAUGGACACAAAGUUUUGUUCAAUUAAAUGAAUAUUAAUAUUUAAGUGACAAAGGAUUAAUAAUAAUAAUAACAACAAAAAGUGUACAAGUGAAAAGGAAAUAAUCGUGUUGAAUAAAACGACAAGGUGCACUGCUGGCAGUUGCUACUACGAAAACGACGACGAGGACGAGGAAGACGGAGAUAAAGACGAGAACAACAACGACGACGACGACAUUGAUCAUUAUCACCGUGGCAUCAAGAUAAUAUCGGGCGAAACGAGGCAGCCGAGAAGCAGCCGCCUCCUGCCGCCUGCAUUGAACAUUUACAGGCAGCAGCAGAGCAGGCACACUAAAUUCGCUAACUCGCGCUACCUCUACCCCUCACCUCUUCCUUUUAUACAUCUUUACUCUCAUCAUAAUUGUCAUCCAUAAUAUUAUUGUUAUUGUCAUCAUCAAACUCAUUAACCUUGACAACCUCCUCGUGAGGAUUUGGCUGGUUUAAAUCAUGGCGUGCUGCCUGUCGGAAGAGGCCAAGGAACAAAAACGUAUUAACCAGGAGAUUGAGCGACAACUUAGAAGGGACAAGCGAGAUGCUAGGCGGGAACUCAAAUUGUUGCUUCUUGGUACUGGUGAAUCAGGGAAAUCAACAUUCAUCAAACAAAUGAGAAUUAUUCACGGUUCUGGUUAUUCGGACGAAGACAAAAGAGGCUUUAUCAAGCUUGUAUACCAAAAUAUAUUUAUGGCAAUGCAGUCAAUGAUAAGGGCGAUGGAUCUCCUUAAAAUUUCAUACGGUGAUAGCUCAAGUCAAGAAAAAGCAGAGUUAGUCAGGAGCGUAGAUUUUGAAACUGUGACGACAUUUGAAAGUCCGUAUGUAGAGGCUAUUAAGGAUCUGUGGGCAGAUUCCGGUAUUCAGGAAUGUUAUGAUCGACGACGAGAGUACCAACUUACGGAUUCCGCCAAAUACUAUCUUUCUGACUUAGACAAUAUUAGUAAACCGGAAUAUCUUCCUUCCGAACAAGACAUUCUUCGAGCGAGAGCUCCUACAACUGGUAUUAUUGAAUAUCCUUUUGAUUUGGACAGCAUCAUAUUUAGAAUGGUAGACGUCGGCGGCCAGAGAUCGGAAAGAAGAAAAUGGAUUCAUUGUUUUGAAAACGUCACUUCAAUCAUAUUUUUAGUAGCUUUAAGUGAAUAUGAUCAAAUUUUGUUUGAAUCUGAGAAUGAGAAUCGAAUGGAAGAAAGUAAGGCGUUAUUUAAAACAAUUAUCACAUAUCCCUGGUUUCAACAUUCUUCAGUAAUUUUGUUUUUAAAUAAGAAGGAUCUGCUCGAAGAAAAAAUAAUGUACUCUCAUCUUGUCGAUUAUUUUCCCGAAUACGAUGGACCAAAACAGGAUCAUGUAGGAGCAAGAGAGUACAUUUUAAAAAUUUAUCUGUCGUCAAAUCCCGAUCCAGAUCGAAGUUGUUACUCGCAUUUUACUACUGCUACAGAUACUGAGAACAUCAAGCUUGUGUUUUGCGCUGUUAAAGAUACAAUUAUGCAAAGCGCACUCAAAGAAUUCAAUCUUGCUUAAAUAAAUGUUUAACACAAAUUUUAAUUAUUUAUUAUAAUUAUAGCUUAUGAAAAAAAGAAUUAUAA